AUGACGGCCCCCCCCAUCACAAAGCCCACAGAUAUCGGGUUCAUGGGAUCCAAGCCACAGUGGAUGGUCGCCUACGAAACAGCAUGCAGCCAGGGAACCUUCUUCACAGCGCAAUCUGUCGUCCCACCAGAGCAUAUCUCCCCCGCUUUACUUCAUCACGGCUUGACUAUCGCCCUUAGAGUAGGAAACGCCGCAGUUGCCUGGGAUCUACUCAGACAUGGCGCACAUCUUGAUCGUGAAACACCACUGCACAUCCUAGACGCACCAGCAAAUCUCCAGAUUCAACUCUUCCAGAUCCUACAACAACAUGGCUGGAGACCUAAUUCACCGGGUUAUUACGGAUCCGUUCUACUGCCAAAAGUGGUGACCAACAUCGAGCUUCUCCGCUGGUUCCUCGAAAACGGCGCAAACCCAAAUCUCGGCGCGCAGCGAUUCAGUGGAGAUCGGAAUUGUGAGUCUGAUCCAGCUUCAUGCGCCGCACUCGAAGCAGCUGCUACACAUGGCAGCGUGGAGGCCGUGCAGAUGCUUCUCGACGCCGGCGCCGAGAUCAGAAAUGGAACGCCGUUACACUACGCUUCUGGUGCAUGUACGCCUGGUGCGAGUACCCGCGAAGUUGCCAGCAAGGAAUUCGACGUGAGCCGGAUACCCGUGAUGGCGUUACUGGUAGCGCAUGGAGCGGAUGUGAAUCAGAGGGGAGAAUCGGUGCUGGUGAAGCAUCAUCCGAUCAUGUAUGCAGUUAUGGCGAAGGCUGUGGAGAGGGUACGCUGGCUUCUCGAGCAUGGGGCUGAUCCCGAGGCACGAGGAGACUGGGGGAGUGCGGCGGAGUAUGCGGGUGCCAUGGGAAGCCAGGAGAUGAAGCGGGUGGUUGAGCGCGGCAUUGGGGUCAGACGGAGUGUUCAUGGGCUUGCUGGGGAGACUCUUGCAAUCCGGAUGCGGCCGGAUGCUGGUUAA